CUGCGUUAAUCACGAUAUUCCUUAGGUAUCAUAGGCAACAAGAUUCCGCGACGACCUUCUCCCCGGCAAUGAUUCAGUCCGUCUCUGGCGCACCACCACGCAUAGCUAGGAAGAAGCCGCAUGGCUGACCAACUCACCACCGACCUGAAAUAUGGUCACUUUGGUCAAGCCAUCUACAACUCCGAAGACCAGACCUGGUUGUUUCCUAGGAAUUUCGAGUCUUCGUCCUCAUUACAGCCUCUAGGCACAUCGCAGCUCGUCUUUAAGUCGCAGCAUGCUCAGUCAAGACCAGACUCUACCACCGAGAAGCCGAGCAUCCACCUGAAUCGCCAGAUCGCUGAACUCGUCAACUUUGACCCAACUUUGGCUCCUGGCGCCCACCUACUUAGCGAGCCUGCAAUCGUGUCUGGAGAAGUUCAAAAGACUGCCAUCCGUUAUGACCCGACUGUCGGCCAUCUGCUAGCUUUCGGUCGUGUGCCCGAUGACUCCACAAAGCGCUCAAUGCCAAUCGUCGCCUUCCCGGCAGCAGACCAUACACACGUCUUGCGACUCGUUCAAGUCCAGCCUCAAAAGCAUGGUUGGGAGCACAACAAAUCCAUCUGGAUCGAUGUUCCUCGAAUCUAUGGAGAGUCUGGCAUCUGGCACGCUCCUCACCCUAUCCGCCAAAUAUCUUUCGCCGACGCCGAUGAAGACUCGAAUCUUGCCCGCACUCUUGCUGUUCGCACUACUCUCGCCGUUCACAUUUUGCGCAUUGCUGCAAAAAGGCAUGCCUCAUCCUGGAACUCUCUUACCGAUUCGCCAUCACGUUUUGAUACGCAUCAGUUGUGUACACUGAGUCUGGAUCUGUUUGGCGGCGUUGCACCUGCUCAUGUAGCUUUUAAUCGCUGGUAUCCUAAGCAAUUCGUGACCGUUGACCAACAUGGCACGUGGCGUGUCUGGGAUUCAAGUCUGCGACAGCUUCCAUCUGAUCAAGGCAAGCCGACAGAGCUUUGUCGCGGAGCUACUAACGAUAAAGCUGUCUCGGACCACGAGGCCAAUGCCACUCUUUUGGACGAUGGCUGGGGAAGAGCAACCUGGGCUGGUAAUGUUCAAACCAUUGUUACCGCCAGCAGAAAGUGCUUAGCGAUCUAUGACAUCCAGGGCAAGCCUGUAAGGUUACAGUCUCCUAAUCUCGGCAUCUCCGGAACGCCGCAUUGGAUUCUUGACGUUCUGCUCAAUCCUGUGGAUUCGACUCUCGUGUUCGUUCUGACUUCAACAUCACUCUUCUGUUUACGUGUGCGAUGUCUUGAUGGAUUCGAUCCGGAAAGCUAUAGCACGGCUGGUGCCGAGGUCGUAUUGCAGUGCAGACAUUUCCGAGAUCCCGAAGAUAUUGGGCUAGGUCUCUCUAGUCACGUCGAUAAUGAAGACGCCGUUGUACUGAUCAAGUCGUCUUUGAGUCCACUUGCAACAAGCUACCGUUUCAUCUCGGGUGAUUCGUCUCCUCAAUUCCUUACAGUCGCCGAUGCUACCCAGACUGUUUUGCCCGAACUCCCCUCCACGGCCACUUCUGCGACAGCAUUUCUCACUUUUGAUCUCCAGGCUGCGGAGUAUGGAGAGAGUUCUCACCACGAAACCUCAUCUGGUCCAGGAAAGAUAUAUCGAGACCUCUCAGUAAAAUUCUUUGUUGCAACUGCCAUCACAAGUGACAUGGUCGUUGUGCAAAAGCUGUACUUCGCAAUACCAAAACCAGAGACUGCGUCUUCAUUCUCGAGUAUUGUGCCCCCAGACUGGCGUGGUAGACUCGUACAUAGUCGCCCGCGUCUGAACGAAACCAGUUUCGUCGAACACUCUGCAGUGCACCAGGGUGUGGCAAAGAUCCAAAGAGAGGAAGAAGCAGCAUUGUCAUCUGGACUCGACAUGUUGAAAUCAGCGCGGGACAACUGGACAAUGCUAUACGAGCUAUCGCAUGCUCGAACUACUAGCGCAGCUUCUCAGACCGAAGACUUUUCGCGCAUCCUUGUGCGAGUAGGGCAGGUCUUGGAAAUACCCGACGCUGUUCCUGGCAGGCACAAAUUGUUGUCGGAGUUCUGCGACAGUCAAAUCCUCGUACCCGAUAUCGACCAGGUUGCUGCAGAGUUCAGGGAUAUGAUUGCUUCCAGAGCACAUUUCGGAGACGAAGCGGAAGAGAUUGAACAGAGUUUACUACUUGCAAAUAUCGCUGGGAUUGACGCCCUCGACCUUGGCCUCAAGGGUGACAUCAAUCCGAUGGACGUGUACGACAAUAUCAUAGCUCAUUGGCUGACACCGCUGUCUCAAAACGUACCUGGUCGGGUUCGACUUGUCAAGGAGCAAUUGGCACGAAGAAUCUCUGCCGAGAUUUGCCUGGCAAGCCACGUUCUCAGGCAACCGCCUGUAGAAUCAGCUCGAACGGAGACACAGACCACGGAGACACAAGGCAUAGAGCACUUCGCUUCCUCGCAACUACAUUUCCCGCAGUCUUCUCUUCCAACGCCGUCGCCAACGGCCACACCAUCGCUGACUACCAUGACGUCUCUGUCUAGCCAUCCAUCAACUCUCGUGUCGUCCGAGUUUGCACGUCUCCAACGAUACACUUCAUUUUCAUCGGAAAAGUCCACACCAGGUCCUCUGCCUAAGCCGUUGACGAACACACUUGCGCAUUGGAGUCUUGGCGGCAAUCCGGAUGAAUACGACUGGCUUGCCAUACAAAGGGAUCAGGAAAGAAGGGCCGAGGAAGAGGAUGAGGACCUCACGCCGAAAGAGCGAGCGAGGUUGAAGCGUCGUGCCGAGAAGCACUUGCUCAAGCAGAGACGUGAGUCGCAAAAAGCAUCCGCUAUGGAUCUCGCGAGUAGCCAAGUUCCUGGAAUCAUAAGUGCGAGUCAGCCUGCCUUCGUGACACCUUCUAGAAGCGAGGCGCCGAAUCUCCCUCAGUCCGCUAGAGCAGCAAGCCAGGGCACUCAACUGCUAGCGAGCUCUCAAGUUCAGCCAAACAUGUUCACUAGCCAAGUUCAGCCUGGACGGUAUGGUGGAAAACCGGCAAAAAAGAAACAGAAACGCAGGGUUGGGUUCUAAGCAAAAUCGAAAUCCUUCCGUUCGCUCUAUACUUCCACAUAUGUACAGCUAGAAUGCAUUUUAUGGGGUCAUGUGCCAUCUCAAGUCUUGAACCCAGUUUCCUGGUUGUGUGCAUCUGCGAUCAAACCCAUGUCGCGAAUCCUGAGGUGCCGUUACCCGCAUUGGAAAGCUAGGGUGUUGGCGCAGCAAAAGCCAGCAGAAGCAAGUGUGCUGUCAUUGAGGCUUGGCCCGCGCUGGAGCUAUCAUGUGCCCCGAGGUUGAUGGAGACACGGCACAUGCGUGCAAGCGCCUUUUAGAAUGAUUGGACGUCUUCUCGAACA